AUGGACUCGCGCGGCGAGAUGAAGGCGCUGGACGCGCAGAUCGACCGCUUGCGACGCGCCGAGAACUUGACCGAGACGGAGAUCUACGAGCUGUGCCAGAAAGCCAAGGAGAUCCUCGCGGGCGAGUCGAAUGUCCAGCCCGUCAAGUGUCCCGUCACUGUUUGUGGCGACAUCCACGGACAGUUUUACGACCUCUUGGAGCUCUUCCGGAUAGGCGGCGCGUGUCCGGAUACGAACUACCUCUUCAUGGGGGACUACGUCGACCGCGGGUACUACUCGCUCGAGAGCGUCGCGCUGCUCGUGGCGCUAAAAGUGCGUCAUCGCGAGCGCAUUACGAUCUUGCGGGGGAACCACGAGAGCCGGCAGAUUACCCAAGUCUAUGGCUUUUACGACGAGUGUUUGCGCAAAUACGGCAACGCGAACGUGUGGAAGUACUUUACGGACCUGUUUGACCACUUGCCCAUGACGGCGCUCAUUGAGAACCGCGUGUUUUGCAUGCACGGCGGACUCUCGCCGUCUAUUGACACGUUGGACCAUGCUCGAGCGCUGGAUCGAGUGCAGGAAGUGCCUCAUGAAGGACCGAUGUGUGACCUCGUGUGGUCGGACCCGGACGAUCGCUGUGGGUGGGGCAUCUCGCCUCGAGGCGCCGGGUACACGUUUGGGCAGGAUAUUACCGAGCAGUUUAAACGCAGCAAUGGCCUCACGUUCAUUGCUCGGGCUCAUCAGCUCGUGAUGGAGGGGUACCAGUGGACGCACAAUCGUGGCGUCGUGACGAUCUUUAGUGCGCCCAACUACUGCUACCGUUGUGGAAACCAAGCAGCUCUCAUGGAGAUUGACGAAGUCAUGGCUGAUCGCAGUGGCGACAAAGUAUACGAGACGUGCAAGUUCAUUCAGUUCGACCCGGCGCCGCGUGAUAGCACGUUUAAUGAGAAGAAACGCACGCCAGACUACUUCCUAUAG